UAUCGGAAGAUUAACUACUAUCUCUGCUACACUUUUUACAGCCAAUUAGUAUUUAUGACAGAUUGGUGGUCUGGGACAAGAAUAAUGAUGUACAUAGAUAAAGUAGAGUUUGAGAAAUAUUAUGGGAAAGAGCAUGGAUAUUUAUUAAUGAAUCAUACCUAUGAAAUAGAUUGGCUUAUUGGGUGGAGUUUUUGUGAACGUCUUGGAACACUUGGUAAUUGCAAAGCAUAUGCCAAGAAGUCGAUACAGUAUAUCCCAACAUUAGGUUGGGCAUGGAAAUUUGCAGAAAGUAUAUUUCUAGAUAGAAGUUGGGAUAAAGAUAAACGAAUAAUUGGUUCUCAAAUUGAAGAACUUGGAAAUUACCCUGAUGUUAUAUGGUUACUUUUAAAUGCCGAAGGAACACGUUUUACGGCAAAGAAAUUAGAAGCAAGUCAGAAGUUUGCUCGAGAAAAGGGUCUUCCAGUAUUAAAAUACCAUUUAACUCCACGAACAAAGGGUUUCACAGCAAGUAUACAACACAUGCGUGGUAAAAUUCCCGCAAUUUAUAAUGUACAAAUAAAUUUUAAAGCCGACGAUCCAGUAAAGCCAACGAUUAAAAAUUUAUUAUUGGGCAAAUCAGUUGUUGCUCAUUUGUACAUACAAAGGAUUCCUUUGGAGGAUGUGCCAGAAACUGAUGAAGCUGCAGCUGAAUGGCUUCACAAACUUUACCAAACAAAGGAUCGUAUGGCAGAAAGUUUCAUAAAUACUGGUGACUUCUUUGCCACAAGUGGCGUUCCCAGAACAGAUUGUUUUGAAGUGAAUAGGAGACCUUAUACUUUACUAAAUACAAUUUUCUGGGCAUUCAUAGUAUUAGUACCAAUGCUUUAUUAUUUAGUCAAUCUUUUCUUGUCUGGUUCAACCGUUUACUUUUCCAUUGGUGUGGGUAUUAUUUUCUUGUUUUACCUACUUAUGCACAAAACGAUAGGAAUGUCUGAAAUAAGCAAAAGCUCAUCUUACGGUGCGGAUGAUAAAAAAUUGAAGUAACAAAAGGAGGAGAAAAUAACAAAAGGAAUACAUCGUGAAAAAAGUUGAUAUGUUUCUAGGGGCCAUUUCUAAAAAGUAUUAUUCAAUUUUUUUUUACGUAUUGUAUUCCACGUGAUUUUCCCGGUACAAAUCACAUCACGCGCAAUGUUUUUAAUGACCUGCGAAAGUAUUUAAGUUUUAUCAUUGUUGAUUAUUCCCUUUCAUUUUGUUAAAUCUAUACAAUGUACAUUGUAUCGUUGAUACAUGUUAUAGUUCUAUUAUUUGUAUUUGGAUGUGGUUUCUUUUGUUCAAAAAGGUUUAUUUGGGAAUCUUUAGUUCUAUAUGUGUGUCACAUUAAUUAUAAAAGUAUUAAGCCGAUUAUUUCUACGCUUUUUGAUAAUUUCCUUCAAUAUUUCAGUAAUUUUUACUUUUAAGAAUUUUAUAGAAUCCUUUAUUUGCUGUUAGAAAGGUUUCAGAAGUAUGUACACUGCGAAACGAUUUAUAAAUUAUCAAAUUAUGAUUUGUGUAAAAGAUAAAGAUUUAAAGAUUACACAGAGAAGUAAAUGAAAGUCCGAACUGAAAAUUAUUCGACGUAAUCAUUAAGAAUACGGCCUGAAAUACACGAGCAUUUUACACACAGUAUGCUAUUGUUAUUUGAAUGCAUUCGAUGUUCCUUAAUUAUACUGCAUUAUACUGUUAGCACAUUUUCCGCUGUGUAAUAUCGGCGCAGCUUGUUACAUGUAAUCAAUCGCGCUGAAAAUCAGAACGCAUUCAAAGGGAAGGUGCAAGUCAUUUUUUAUUACGUCAUAUCGUUCCUCAGCAUGCAGCAUGUUGCACACUGCUUAUUACCGUCUCAUUCGUAUAGACGAUAUAAAAAUGUUGGUAAUAUUAAAACAUUGUACGUCUAAUAACAUCAAGAAAAAAAAUACUCGUGUUCUUCAGUCCCACGCGAAUGACUUCAUUUAUAUUUGACUCUACCUGAUCUAUUUAUUUCAAGAUUAUUUAUAUUUUAUAAAAAAAUGUCAACACCUAAAAUUGAAUAUUCAUUAUUCAAACAAGAUCAAUAAAAAUUAAUUAAGGUAUGUAUGUUACCUUAACUUUUUUAAUUAAACUAUUUUUGUAAUCUGAUGUAUAUGUUAUGAGUGUGAAUGUAAUGCUUAUACAGAAAUACAUAUAUUCCCUUGUA